AUGGCCACGGGGGAGAGCAGCGCGACGCCGACGGUCGACGCGGCGUUGCUGCCCAAGCCAGCGGGGAGGAGUGAUCUGCCGUCGGAGAAGGUCUUCAGCAUCCAGAUUGGCUGUGAGGUCUUUCGUCUGUCCGGCGCAUCAAUUGCGUCUGAUGCGCCGUCCUAUUUCUCCCAGUUUUUCGAGGAGCAGCUACGUCAGAACGGGGAGGACUCGAACCCUCGCACGCUGUAUAUCGAUCGGGACCCGGGGACCUUUAAAGAGAUCGCCAAGCAUCUACAGGGGUACCAUAUCCGGCCGCGCGAUGGAAACGAGUUCGUGAAGCUGUUCGCCGAUGCCCAGUUCUACAGCCUCCCCCGUCUGACGUCGCAGUUGUUUGAGUCGGAGAUCUUCAUCCAGAUCGGCGACCGUCACUUCGAGAUCCCACGCGACCUGUUCUCCAACCCCGGCGACUCGCCCAACUUUUUCUCGCUCGGCUUCGCCGUCUUCUUCACCUCGCCAUCCGAGGCCUUCCCGGGCCUCGACCGCAAGGUGCUGCUGCGCCCGCCGGCAAUUGUGCCCCCGAGUGUGCCCAACCGGUCCGGGGCUGUCUUCGAGGAGCUUCUGCACCUCUUACGCGGCUAUCCGCUGAACAUCCGCAACGAAGACCACCGUGCCGAACUGCUCCGCGACUGUCGCUAUUUCCACCUCCGUGGGCUCGAGCAACGUCUGAUCCCGCACCAUCUUAGCUACAACCCAUUGCGCCGGCGGUCAGAGGUCAUCAUCCGUCUCGAGGACGUCCGCCAGUCCGGCGUGCAGUUCUCACCUGAUCCCCAGCCUGUCAGCUCUCCCACCCUCGCGUACGGUUGGGUCGUGUACGCUCGCCCCUUUGUUGACGAACGGUCGGCCGACUUGAUCGUCGAAAUCGGUGGCGAGGCCACCAUCAUUGACCUGACCGCCAUGCGCGCCGACUUCAUUGGCCUCGUCAAGGCUCGCGUCGCAAGUCUCUUCCAGGUUGUCGCCAACAAGAUGAACCUCCCGACCACCGCCCCAUUGGGUCUUCUGAUGAUGACUGGCGGCGCUAGCACACAGCCCGCCAGCCCAGCACACUCUCCCCUAGGUGAGGAGCGGGUCAAGAUCCGGCUCGACAGUGACACCGACCUCACCAUCAACGGCGAACAGGUCCCCGUCGAUUCCUUUCUCACGGACGACGAUCCCGACCCGACGACCACGAGUAAUGCCUUGUCUCCUCUUCUCCGGCCCACCAAACGACGCCGCAGCGAACCCAACGAAACCAAGACGCCUGAGAACCCUGACACAGAGCAACAGCCGGUUUGGUUUGCGCGGACGGCCCAGUGGCGGCUGCGCGUGCAGCCGUCAGGCUCGCCGGGCGGGUAUGAGAUGAUGUUCAUCGCGGUCAAGCUGGACGUGUAUACAGAGGAGCGCAGUCGGAACCGGCACCGACGCUUUCUGACUCCGUGA